GGUGGCAGCCCUGCCGGCGCCCGCUGGGCGUCCUGGCGGAGCCGGCUACCGGCAGCCCCGCAGCGUCCGUCGUCGACCCCGACAUGGAGGCGCUGUUCGAGGAGUUCCUGGGUGAAGGAGAAAGCACCUUCUCAGAAGAAACGUUCACCACAGCCGGGGUGCCGGAGUCGGAACGGCCGUUGCCGCAGCCCUACCACUACCGGGUGCGCGACACGGACCAGAAGGUGCUGUGCCUGGAGCAAGGGCGCCUGGUGGCCACCAGCCUGCAGGGCGCCAACGCUGCCCAGGAAGAGCACAUCAGCGUAGUGCCCAACCGGCACCUGGAGCGCAGCCGCUGUCCCCUCAUCGUGGGCAUCCGCGGGGGCAGCCAGGCGCUCUCUUGCGGCACCGGCACCGAGCCCAACCUGCAGCUGGAGGCCGUGGGGGUGUUGGACCUGUUCAACCGGGGCGCCGAGGCCACCCGCUUCACCUUCUACAAGACCUUCAGCGGCACCACGCACACCUUCGAGGCGGCCGCCUUCCCCGGGCACUUCCUGAGCACGGCGCCGCGGCCCGGCGAGGCGGUGGCCCUCACGGCGCAGCCCGCCGCCACCGCCAUCACUGCCUUCUACCUGCAGCGCAAGUAG